AUGGAAGAAUAUAAACCCCCAGCUCUUCCCUCUCCCUUUAACAAUACCACCCCAACACCAACCCUUCUCACCCAAGGCGCCGAAGCCCACCUCUACAAAACCACCUCCCUCAACCCCUCCAUCCCCGCCGCGCUCAAGAUCCGCCCAUCAAAACCCUACCGUCACCCAAUUCUCGACCGCCGACUAACCCGUCAACGGAUAACAUCAGAAGCACGAUGCCUCGCUAAACUCGUACGGGAGGGCGUGAGCGUUCCCGCCCUCCUAGCCCUGGACUGGGAGGGACACGGCGGCGAAGAAGGCGGGUGGGGUGGCGCCUGGCUAAUGAUGGAGUGGAUUGACGGGCCGGUGAUUCGGGUAGUUCUCGAGCAGUGGGAAGCAUGGAUGAAGCAGAACGGAUCACUGGAUCAGUUGCAGAUCGAAAACGAAGAGGCGCGUGUGCGCGGCUUGCUGAGGAAAAUGGGCGCUGCUAUCGGUGUUCUACACAAGGCUGGUGUGGUGCAUGGAGACUUGACGACGAGUAACCUCAUGCUGCGACCGUUUGCGGAUGCUGUUGAAAGCACUGGGUCGCCUUCUAUGGAGGGGGAUGUUGUGUUGAUUGAUUUCGGUCUUGCAUCGCAGAGCAAUCAGGAUGAGGACCGAGCGGUGGAUUUGUAUGUGUUGGAGCGGGCAAUUGGGAGCACGCAUCCGCGUUCGGAGCCUCUGUUCGAGGAGCUGAUUAUGGGUUACCGGGAUAGCUACAAGGGGGCACUUUCUGCGCUAAAGAGGCUUGAGGAUGUGCGCUUGAGAGGGCGGAAGAGGAGCAUGCUUGGUUAA